UGCAACUCUACCGCAUUCGAUCUUCAAUACUCGUGCAAGGGUACUCUUUUCUCUUAUAAUACGAGCAGAGCCCGCCUUCGUUUUCCUAAUCGCUCGCCCAGCUACACAGCUAAUCACAGCAAGUCCCGUGAUCCAAAGGCUAUAUCAAGACUUCCCCCUAUUCACUUUGACAGUGAUCCCCCUAAUUCGAACCACUCAGGCUUGCCUAGUAGGUAUCAACAAAACAACAAACUAACAUCACCAUGGCGAUUCUAUUCCAUCGUACGAACGACGCGCUCAACAUCAACCCCCCGAACGGAAAUGAGCAGUUGAGCUUAAACGGAAGCGACUGGCUAUGGGCAGUAACCGCCAUUUAUGUCGUCUCAUUCAUUAUCUUCUUUGCUACUAGCUUCGUGGCACGAUCUGGUGAAAAGAUCUUCCACUAUCUCUUCACGAUUGCCCUCCUCGUCGGUUCUAUCUCUUACUUCGCCAUUGCUGCUGAUCUGGCCUAUGUGGUGAUCCCGGUCGUCAACUCCAAGCCCGUCGCAACAUGGGAUCGUCAAAUCUUCUGGGCAGAAUAUGUCAACUGGGUUGUCAGCUUCCCCGUCGUCGCGAUUGCUCUAGGUUUACUGAGCGGAGUAUCAUGGGCAACUAUCUUGUAUAACGUUGCUCUAUCAUGGACCUGGGUCAUUUCGUACCUCGUCGGCGCCUUCACGACAUCCAACUACAAAUGGGGGUUUUACGCCUUUGGAACGACUGCUUGGGCUCUUCUCGCAUUCAGCACUCUUGCGGGUGGCUCUACCGCGGCUAAGCGUGUCGGCGUCGCCAGAGACCACACCCUACUAUCAGGAUGGGUCAACCUUCUAUGGCUCUUGUACCCUAUCGCCUGGGGUCUCUCGGACGGUGGUAACAAGAUUGGUGUGACACCAGCUUACAUCUUCUUCGGUAUUCUGGAUGUCCUGCUAGUUCCGCUCUUGUCAUUCACAUUCUUGUUCCUUGCCCGCAACUGGGAUUACGGCAAGCUGAACAUCGCUUUCACUCGAUAUGGCCGCGUUCACCAAGCCGGUGAAUUCCCCGAGAAGACGACCACCGCUCCGACGCAACCCGUUGUCGGCGAGCAGGCCGCAUAGACGAAACGAGUAUUAAUAUAGGCCGUACGACUUUGCGCCGCGUUGAACGUCGAAUGCAGGUCUCCCGCAAGUCGCCCUAUC